CGUUUUAUCAUCCCGUUUGAGUGUCAUGUUUUAACAGCCGCCGGUAAUGUUGUUACCAAGCCGAUCAAGUUCAACUGAAGCCACUGUUGUCGACGACAAAGUCCUCUUCGAUAACUGCUCUGUGGGGACUCGCUUUCGACGCAUUUCUAUGACGCGGGUGAUGCAGUAUUUAGGUGCCGCUUGGCGUCAAUCAGCCGUGCCUACAAGCAAUUGGAUGGGUUCCGUCACCCAGAGCAACCCUUCGUUACGUUCUGCUGAAAAAUAAUACCAAAAAAUGGUCCGUGAAGGUGGCGAAGAUUUGUUUGGCCCGAAAAAGAUGACGAAAAAAUCCAUCGUCGAGUCGUGCAAGAAGAACAAACUGUACAUAACGCCUCACCUGAAUGAUAUCCUUUAUUUGCACUACUCCGGAUACAAUGCAAUAGAAUCGCUGGAGGAAUAUGUUGGCCUCAAGUGCCUCUGGUUAGAGUGCAAUGCUAUUUCGGAAAUCGGUGGUUUGGAGAAGCAAACCGAGCUGAAGUGCUUGUACUUACAAAACAAUUUGAUCACGAAAAUUGAAAAUUUGGAUAAAUGUAAAAAGCUAGAUACCCUGAACCUGUCUCACAACCAUAUCAAUAAGAUUGAGAACUGUGGUCAUGAAAUACUUCCCGUCCUCAAUACGCUGAACAUAUCGCAUAACUAUUUGAAAACGACAGAAAGCUUGGAUCAGCUGCGUUACUGUUACUAUAUUUCGGUUUUGGAUAUUUCACACAACCGAAUCGAAGAUAUUGCUGUUGUAAAGAUAUUGGGUGAUAUGAAAGAAUUACGCGUGCUUACUCUAACCGGAAAUCCAGUAGUAAAUGAAAUUCCAUCCUACAGGAAAACUCUGAUACUUGAAUGUAAAUCUCUCACGUAUUUGGACUCACGACCAGUCUUCGAUCGUGAUCGAGCUUGCGCGGAAGCUUGGAAACGUGGUGGUUACGAUGCGGAGCGUAAGGAAUUUCAACGAUGGAAAAGGGAAGAGCAGAAGAAAAUUCGACGAGGUAUCAACGCAACUCUUCGAAUGCGCCAUCGCGGCGGCGGAGAGCCGGAGCUGCUAAACACAAGUAGUGACGAGGAAGGAGAGACGGCGACGCCUUCCAAAGACAAAACCAAAGAUUUCGAACAGCUGCCGGAGAUCAACCAAAAAAGUAAUGAACAAGCAUGGAACGAGGUUGAGCGACUUUUUUGCAAAACUCCUAGUACUACCGGAUCGAUGGAGAUCUUUCAACGAUUCACACCCAAUAGAGAGGACGUAAAGGAGAGCAACGAUAUAUUGAGCGAAACAAAAUAUGAGGUGAAAGAGGAAGAACCUCCUCUUGAUCCUGUGUGUUAUCAACCCAGAAAAAAAUUAAUUGAAGAGAUAUCUUCGGAGGACGAAGGACCCGUUGUGGAUAAAGCUUGUCAGCAGUAUGUAAGUGAUGUUGGGGUUGAAGACGUGGAAGAUCCUGUUCCCGUUUGUUAUCAGCCGAGAAAAAAGUUAAUUGAAGAGAUACUUUCAGAAGAUGAGAAGCCCGUUGUUGAUUUACCCCACGAACAGUCAAUUUUAAGCGCUCAAGAGACCAAACAUCCUUUGGAAAUAUUGAAGCCUUUACGUUCUUUAAUUGCUGAAUCUCCAUCGGAUGAUUUUCCUGUUUCAAAUUACGGCUCUACAGAUGAUCAGCAUGCACUCGUCGAAGAAGUUUCUGACGAACAACCUGUAGCUUCUCCAAAUCUGGCAAAAGUAGAGAAGACUGAGCUGGAUGACGACAGAUUGAAUGUGGUAAUCGAGAGUAAUGCAGAUAUUUGCAUUACUAUGGAAUCUAAAGAGGGAGAACUAAUCAGCCGAGUUGAGUCGCAAUCGCCGAUAGUAGACGACGUGCAAACCUUAAUCUCCCUGUCCAUCAACCACGAAGACACAGAUUCAGAAUCGACCAUUGAGACAAGCGAACGAAACCACGACGAAGAAACCAAAAGCAUUUCCUCCGAUACGGACUCUUCAGAGGGGAAGGAUAUGUUUGACCAAAUCGUACCAAAAAAGAAUCGAAAGCUAGCCAUGAACUACAGAGCGAGUCCAACCAGUUCCAGUUCGGAAUCCGAGCAAGAUGAGAAGGUGGAACAGUUCCCGAAAAGUCUCAUGCGCGAGAAGUCAAUUGCUCAAUACAUCGAUGAGUACAAGGAGUUCUUCCGUUCCGCCAAUGUGUUGGAUUCACUACCGGAUGAACAUCAAAAGACGCAUACCGAAGUGAUACGUCCACAGACAGCAAAAACUGUGCGUACAAAUCCAGUCGUUUACGACGGCGUUUUUAAGGCUAUGGAACAAAACUCAAAUGAAGCUAAAAUUGCUGAAGUUAGAAGGGAAGUCGCCGCCUCAAAGCAAACACUUAUUGAUCGGUUACUUGAGCAGCAGAACUCGGUCGAUAUGAAUGUGGAACAGCACUUGAUAUCAAUUGGAGGGCAUAAAUAUGAUUUUAACGAGUAUAGAUUAGACACAUUUCGUAAGGAUCAAGAAAAGUUGCAGGGUUUAAUCGACCGGGUGAAUGCACAGAAAGAUCGAUACAAUGCUCAUAUUGAUCAGAUACACAGUCAGUUGGAGAAUAUCAUGGAAGAUUAUGGACAGAUCAGUGAGAAACUUAAAAAGAUGGACGAUUUUGUUCAAAGCAUUGCUGAAGAAGAGAUUCCGCCUUCUGACGCUCCGGAAGAUUUGGAGUCUUUGAAGGUUGAAAAUAUUGAUGAAGAGAUUCAGCACGAGAAUGUCGUUGAAAUCGAGAAUGAAACCCAGAAAUUCAUCGAAAAUGUUAUAAACAACGAUUGUCAAACUGAUCCAGUCAAUGAUUCGGCGGGCUCUUCCUCGGAAGAUUCCACAGAUGCAGAACAGUUCAGUCAACCGGACCAUAACCUAUUGGAGCUCCUCACGUCUCCGAAGCCUGUUCCUUUCAUGGAACCUGAGCUUGAUCCAGGGGUUGUGAAUCAGUUCACUGAAGAUCCAGUUUACCAGAAAUUCAUUGAGAUUCAACAGGAAAUAGAUCAGCUCACGGAAGAUGAGCUGUACAACGUCGUAACGGAGGCAGCAGGUGAACUCUCAGACGAUCCAUCAAUUGGUCAGUGCAUGAAUCGGGCGGUUGAUCAAUAUUGGAAGCGGUAUGACGAUGUCGAGGAUUUUCGCAAGAAUGUUAACCUUGAUGGCCAUCCAAUCAUUCAGAAGUUUCGGCAAUUCAUUCGCUGCCACGAUGAGAAACAGGAAAAUGAAGCGACAUCCGAAACGGUUGCUAACCUUGAUAAGGUCUGCCGUAAGCUGGAACGUCGUCUGUCGAACCAAUUGUUUGACGAAUAUUUAGUGUUGAGUCGUAAAGUUAGUAUCGCCACUCUCGGAGGAGAGUCAAGUGCGAACGAAGUUGAACUUAUAGAGGUUCAAGAAAAUUUGCUACCCGCAUCCGAUGUGGUUUCAGAGAGGACAACUGCAUGGGAUGAGGUGAAAAAUGAUAAUUUUGAGGAAAAUGAUGACAAGGUGGUUCAGAAUCAGGAACCUUCUGUGGAAAUUGCGGAACAGGAAGAUACUGAGUCUAAGCCUAUUGAUUUGGAAUCUGAAAAUAAUAAAAUUAACAUAGAGGUUCUCGUUGUUGCGUCUGUAGAAAACUGUGAUGUCAAUGGUGAUAAUUUGUAACUUGUAAUUUCUUUUUCUGUAGUAAGUAGCGUCUACAUUUAAUAAAUGCACAUUUGAGU